CCCCCCGCGCGUCCCCUCACCUCCCUCACUCGCUUCCGCCGCUCGCCUCACCUCAGCGCCCGUCAGGACCCCGGCCCGCGGAGGCAGCCCCGCGCGAGGGCCAAGGCUGCGGCUCUGUUAGUUAAGAAACUACGCAGUGUCUUCUGAGCGGCGGAGCUCUGGGGAGAGCUUGCAGGCAGGAUGUUUCUUCUUUACUGCAGUGGAAAACAAACAAAACAAUCCUGGUCUUUCUUAGCUAUUCUCAAGGUAGUUUUGGUGUUCCUUGUGCUCCGUAGGGAGGUUGAGCACCUUGGUCAUGCUUUCUCAGAGUGAAACACGAUCCAGACACAAGCAGCAUAAUAUUUCUUCAAUAUUAUUAACAACGAUCUGGAUGCAGGAGUUGAGUGCAAGUUUGCUGAUCAUAACAAACUGGGAGGUGCUGUUGACUGUCUUGAGGGACAUGAGGCCUUGUAGGGGGAUCUGUAUAGACUGGAGCAUUGGGCAGUCAUCAAUGGCAUGAGAUUUAACGGUAACAAAUUCUUGAUUCUGCACCUAGGACAGAGUAAUGCCGGGCACAAGUAUAAAUUAGGAGAGGAGUGGCUGGAGAGCAGCCCUGCAGAAAGAGACCUGAGGGUGCUGGUUGGCAGCAGCUCAGUACCACUCAGCAGCGUGUGCCCUGGAGUGGAAACUGUAUCCUGAGGGGCAUGAAACACAGUGUAACCAGCUGCUCAAAAGAGGGAAUUCACUUUCCUAACUUAAAAGAAAAAUGUCUACGUCUAACAUUGCAGCAAGAGUGGAAACUUGGCUUUCAUCCACAUGGCAUAUUAAAGUUCCUUUGACAUGGCUGGAAGCAUGUAUUAGUUGGAUCCAGGAAGAAAACAGUGGUAGUAACUUAAGUCAAGCUCAAAUCAACAAGCAGGUAUUUGAGCAAUGGCUUCUUACUGAUCUAAGAGAUUUGGAAUAUCCUGUUUUGCCUGACUGCGUAUUAGAUGAUCCCAAAGGAGAGUUGUCAGGCUUCUACUCCAUACAGAUUGAUUCCCUGGUUGAUGUUAGCCAGCCAGCAUAUUCCCAGUUGCAGAAGCUAAGAGGGAAAAAUACUGUAAAUGAAGAAGUAACAGCCAGUACUCAGGGAUUCCAGAAGUCCUUGGAAGCAAAUUCUGCUCGAAUGCUGAUGCUGCAACUAACGGAUGGGAUACAUCAAAUUCAGGGCAUGGAAUAUCAACUGGUGCCUGUCCUCCACAGUAAUCUUCCUCCUGGAACAAAAAUCACUGUACAGGGUAAUAUUGCAUAUCGUCUUGGAGUCCUUCUGCUUAAACCAGAAAAUGUGAAACUGUUAGGGGGUGAAGUGGAUGCUCUUCUAGAGGAGUAUUCUCAGGAAAGAGUCCUUGCUAGAUUAAUUGGAGAAACUGAAACCCCUAAUUCUGUUGGACAAGCUGGUCACAACCAAAUGGUUUCAGGGCCUGUGGGUGAGCUAGAACAAACUCCAGGCCCUUCAGAUGAAGAGCUUUUAGCCAGUCUUGAAGAAAAUAAUGAAUUUGCUUUAACCAGUGAAACACCUUUAGAAAGUGGAUACUGCAGCAGAAGCAACAACGUUAGUACAGCCUCAGGUUUACUCACUGCACACAAUGGAAAUGUUUUGCUACGGGAAUCUGGGAGUCCCUUGCCUCAUUCAGAUGAACAAGUUUCGCCUCCCAUGGAAUAUGUCGAUGGCUUUUUAAAUGACUUUCCUUUGGAAGAUGACUUUCUUCUGGAAGAAGAGAUGCAAAGAGAGCUGGAAGAAGUGCCGCCAGUGGUCGUGAACAGAAACAUAGGCUCAAAUACUGAGACACUUCCUCAUAGAUCUAGAAGCUCUGGCAAUUCAUCUUUAAAUGGCACUUGUGAAGAAGAUGAUAUAAGUGAAAGAGUUAAGCCUGUAGAAGCUACUAGCAAGCAAAAGACAUUCGUAAGAACAGUAUUUGAUGGAGAUGGAAGUAGUGUGAGUAGCAUUUCACAGCACAAGAGCUUACAUCAUACCUGCAAUUCUGCAGACUUUUCUUUGGAAAAUCCUGUUGAUGAAAGGCAGGAUGAUACAGACCUAGAUGAGAACAGAUCCAAAUCCCCGCAUACUCGUGACAGCAGGCUGUUAAAUGAUGAUCCUGUAUUUUUCUCAAAAAUGGAUCCAGAAGCAGAUGAGCAGAAGCAUGAUUCACAGACUUUUCCUUGCAGAGCAGUAGAGGCAUGUUUAGAUUUUGGUUCUCCACCUUUCACAUAUAUUUCCAUUGUUCUUGCAAAAAAACCGCAAACUGUUACAAUUCUGAAAGUUAAGUGUUUUAUUGUUACUCUUACUGGAAACCUCACAAGCAGCAAUGGAUCCUGGGGUAUAAAGGCAAAAAUUUCUGAUGGUUCAGCUUAUCUGGAAGUAGAUUUUGCUGAUGAUAUUCUAACAAGUUUGAUUGGCUUUUCAGUGCCUGAAAUGUAUAGGCUGAAAAAGGAUCCAGCUUUACGUCUGAAGCUUAAGGAUGGUUUAGAGAAGUGUCAAAAACAGCUGAUAGAUCUCUGUUGUUUGAUGACUAUAGAAUUUAAUCCACUUCAGUCUAAAGCCACUGUAUUAGUUCUUCAGGAUGCUGAUGCAAGGCAUCUAGAACAACUGAAGAAACGUUUGAAUAAAUAACAUGUGCAAACUUGCAGACUGUCUGUUAGGAAACUUUUAAAUCAGAUUCCUCUGAAGGACUGCUGAAUAUUAAAUUUUAAAGUUAAGUGAUAUGCCUUAGCUCUUAUAAGGAAAAAUAAUGGAAAAGUGAGAUGAGGAGCUGAAUUGUUGGAGUAAAACUUAAAGUUUGUGUCUUACGGUGAUAGUACUGAAAUAUACUUUCAAAUAUGUCUGUCUUAAUUUUAAAUACUCAUGUAUCAUUUUCAUUCUGCAAAAUGGUCUGUGUCUUUGGCUGGUGAUCUGGAGUAGCAGAAUCUGUCAGGAAAUGGAUAACAGCGAACAAACCAUCUCAUUAUUAUACUCUUCAAGGAUAAUUAUCUGAUUUUUUAAAAGUAGCUAUAGGAGAUUGACAGUCUUUUCUUUGAGGAAAGUGGUUAAGUAAAUUUAAAUAAAGAAUUAUUGUUUAAAUGUGGGCACUUCUGACUAUGCCAACCUGAAAACUCGAAUACAUAUUCAGUAUGUAAGAACCUGAAGUGUAGAGAAAUUAAAGAUUUUCUUCUAAGUGUUCAGGUGUGAGGAGGGAAGAAAACACAACCCUAUAUUUAAAUGGGAUAAAAAUAUGUAUAUUUUUAAAAAAUCAGUCAACCAAAAAAGAGACAAAUAUUUAAAAAUCUUUUAUUAACAGAAAAUAAUUAUUGUAACAUGGACAAUAUGUUUAUGUCAUGUUAAUGUUAAUCAGUGCUAGUAGCUUUGAAUCCACAGACAACCUUAUUCAUUAACUCUUAUAAUUACAUGUCUAACCUUUUCACAGAGUAGUCAAAUACUUGUGCUACAAACCUGUUGUAUAUUUAAUGGUGGUCUUAAUUUUGUUUGAUUAUUUUUUUUAAUUUCUGCUUUUAAAAUGUAUAAAUAUAUUAAAGUUUUCAUUUAAACUUU